AUGAUUAAUCACGCCAAAGGAAUAACCGGACCCUCAAUUAAGCUGGAUUCAGAUAAUACAAGUAUUUCUGGCGACAGCGAUGACUUCUUUAUGGAAAAUUCCUUUGAUGAGGAUGAAAUCGAUCACAGUGACGAAAGUAACAGACAAAAUGUCAUAGUUGAUUCUAAAGUCUCAGUAUCCUCAUCACGCUAUUUAUCCUUAGGAUCAUCUGAUGAGGAAGAUGAUGACAUUAAUCAACGAAGUCAGUCCCAUAACAGAUCAUCAAGCGAAAGUUUAGACGGAAGAAAACUAAUAAAAUGCAGGCCCGAAAAGCCAUCGGAUAGAACAAGAGGAAGAUCGAUGACAAAAGAUUCUGCAGUUGAAACAAGCGCACCCGAAUCUACAAAUGAAGCCAAAAGGCUGCAUGGGUUUAGAUCAAGGUCUAGAUCAAGGUCUAGAUCAAGCAUAAGAUCAGUAUCUCCGGAACGGAAACACAAGCGACAGAAAUGUUCUUUGGUAGACAUUUACGACGAAAACGAUGACUUUUUCAAAGAACUUGCUAAGGAAGCCAAGAAGAUCACUACCAUAUCGAAAGAACCGACGCCUGAGCAACCUAAACGAGUUUAUAACAUAAAGUUUCUAUCAAAGCUAGAAGGAACCAUUAAUAAAGCUGUUCAAGUGAAAGUACUGGGCAAAUACGAAUUUUCAAGAAUAUUACCUGCUGCAUUGGAUGGACUGGUAAAAUCUUAUAAAAUUCCUAAGGUCAUGAUCAGUAUUUACAAAGUAGGAAAUGUUACUUUAUAUUGGAAUAAUGCAAAGUUACUCAAUUUUAUGACUUGUAACUCUCUUAAUAUUUCACAGGACUUUGAGAAUGAAAUUUCUGAUAUUGAUGUUACUAUCGUGUCUAAAGAAUACGAAAAAAACUUUGAAGCGACUCUAGAAUCAAAGUUGAAGGAGGACGAGGCAGCGCUGCUCGUGAAACAACGCCAAGAAAUCGAAAGAAAGUUAGAGAAAAAAAGAAACGAGCAAGAAGAGUCAGAAUACCGUGAAUUUGAAUUUGAAUUAAGAAACGUGAAAGAAACGCAAGAAUUGGAAGAGAAUGAGAUAAUUAUCAAUACAAAACCUUUACAGGGAAAUAAUUCUCUGAAAGGAAACAAUGGCGAUACUGAAAAGGUUAUAAAACUUGCUCUUAUGGGUCAGGAUAAUAAGAAGAUUCAUGUUAAUGUUAGGAACUCUACUCCACUAUUCAAAGUCGCCGAAUACUACAGAAUUCAAAAGCGAUUACCACAAAAGGCGAGGAUAAGACUACUUUUUGAUCAUGAUGAACUAAAUAUGAGUGAGUGUGUAGCAGAUCAAGAUAUGGAGGAUGAGGAUAUGAUUGAUGUCAUUGUCGACUAA